AUGGCUGGUGCUGCCAAUGAUGCCACCGACAUUCAAAUUAACGGCACUGAUAUUCGGGUGGCUAAUCCUCUCACGGGAAAUAAUGUAGAUGGCUUUACUGCUAUUGAUGCUUUGGGGGAUAAGGCGGUGUUGACCGCUGCGGCGGCUGUUCGUCAAAAAUUCAUUACUGACUUCAAAGCCGUUUCUGGUGCUUCGGCCAGUGCCUCCGACCCCGAUAUUUUGGCUUAUUUUGAUAAAAACUUAACGGCUGAAAAAGCCGCUGAACUUUACAAUGGUAAUCCUCGGGUUGAUGGCUCAGAAUUAGAGAAAGGAGCAACUAAUAAUAAAGUAAAAUAUGACAAUAAAGAAUAUGAUGCUGACAAGCCAGCCGACAUUACUGCGGCCAAAAAAGCCAAAAUUGACGCUGACAAAGCAGCAAAAUUAUCCAGUGCUAAAACUAAUGCUAUAAAUGAUAUUCAAACAUUAAUGGAUGAUACUUCGGAUUAUAUUAAUGCGGCUACUACGGAGACGGAAGUAAGCAAUCGCCAAGAUAAAAUUAAAAAGGCCAUUAAGGAGAUUAGGAAAACCAAAGAGCCUCCUUUUGACGCUGCUGCUGCUCGUUUAGAGGCUAUUACGGAGAAAGAAUUUGAGGAUAAAAAUACCCAAACGGACAUUGAUAGCAAAAAAGUUGAAUUAACUGGUAAAAUUGAUGCUGAAAAAGCAAAAGAACCAAAAAAAUCCAGCCAAAAAGUAUCAGCAGAGGAGGUGAGAGAAAUAUUUGAAACUGUUACGGGAGACAGUAAUGUCAAAGUUACUAACGAAGAAAAUAUUAAAGAAGAUAAAAAGGUGGAUUUCUCGGAGUAUUUGAGUAAAUUGCCUGCGGCAGAGCAACCAACCGGUAGCGAUGAAAAAGAAAAAGUGAAUAAUUUCUUAACUCAUAAAAAAGCCGAGGUAGUAAUCAAAGCCAUAUUUGGUUAUAAAUUGAAAAAAGAUGAUAAUUUUGUGAAGGAGACCGAAACUAAAAUGGAAGCAGAGAAAAAUGACGAGGGGCAACCAUUAGACCAGGAUAUUUAUCCUAAACAAGAUGAUAAAUAUACCCAAGAGGCCAUGACAAAAUAUCUUUUUGAGAAAAAAACCGGUCAGGCUCACCAAUUUGCGGCUAAACAACAAAGUCAAGAAGCUACUGAAACAAUUGGAUUAGUGGUGGUAUUCUGGGAAAGAUUAACUGGUUCGGUUGAGGGAGGAAAAGAUAAUG